CAUCACUCGCAGCUGAGCACCUCGAGAGCGUUGAAUCAGUGUAACUGUGAUUCCAGGAUAAACUCACAUCCAUCAAAGGUAAGCAUAUUUGCAGCGCUCAGCAAUACAAAGAGACUAUCGUUAGUGGGAGUGAAAACAAUGCAUUUGAGCCUAAAGUUUUACGGACCUAAGUAGUUAAAGCAAACUACUUCAAACUACAAAACUGCUUCAGGAUAAUCAAUUUGCACUAAACUACCCAACAUUACACCAACCAAGCCAAUUCACACCCGGAAUCACAAAAACUACACCGACUAUAUCGAAUUAACGGCAUACACGUACACUGACCAUAUUAGUCUACAAUGAAUAUGUCAACCACACCCACGUCAGUACAUUGAGCAAGUACGCAAAAUAGCAGUGUUUAUAACAUACGCUAAAAUAUAUCAUUCCUUCAAAUAAAUGUGAUUUCGAAAGUCAGUGUGUGUUCCCUUGUAAUGUAGUCGUGGAAACGAAAUACAAUUCUGCACAAAGAACUCAUGAGUGGGAGUUGUAAAAUAACGAAAAGUUUCAGAUGUCGCGCUUCAAUAGUCACAGCAGACUUAUCUGUUAUUGACAUAAGAAGGCCAAAGAACUUAAUUGAAAAGUGAGACAAAAGCGAAGACUCUUGCUAAAAAAUUUAAUAUUAAUCAUACGUGUGCUAAAUGGCUGCAAAACUGUCUACAAAGAAAUUCUAUUUUCUGUUUUAGCCUCCGCCAAUCAUAAUUUUUAAGUGGUACGAGAAAGUGGAAAAAUUGAGCAUCUGCAAUUAAAGUCACAUUCAAGUUCUUAAACUGUUUUAGGUUUAUUUUUUUUUCUGUUGCAAGAGUUAUAAAGUCUGAAUUUCGUGCCAUCAUCCUAUUGAUAAAUGAAUCCUUUGUGGUGUCAAUGGUUUGUAACAUGCACGCAUAACUGCACAUAAUUCCCUUUGUCGAUAAAGGAAACAAUGAGAUCAUUUAUUUUUCCGCGCCUAGACAGCCUUGAAUAAAUUUCUGUAAAAAGAAGAAUCUUUCAAGGAGUCAUCACUCGCAGCUGAGCACCUCGAGAGCGUCGAAUCAGUGUAACUGUGAUUCCGGGAUAAACUCACACCCAUCCAAGGUAAGCUACAAAACUGCCUCAGGUUAAUCAAUUUGCACUAAACUACUCGUCAUAACACCAACCAAACCAAUUCACACCCAGAAUAACACAAACUGCACCGACUUUAUCGAACUAACGGCCUACAUGUACAUUGACCACAUUAGUCUACAACAAAUAAGUCAACCACACCCUAAACGCCAAAAUGCAUCUUCCUAUCAAAAAACGAAUCCUUUGAAAUCUUUUAUCUUUCAGAGUCUUAACGGCCUUGAAUAUUUUUCUGCAAAAAGGAACAAUCUUUGAAGGAAUCAUCACUUGCAGCUGAGCACCUCGAGAGCGUCGAAUCAGUGUAACUGUAAAUUCCAGGAUAAACUCGUACCCAUCAAAGGUAAGCAAAGUUGCACCGCCCGGCAUUACAAAAAGACUGUCAUUAGUGGGAGUGAAAACAAUGCAUUUGAGCUACAGUUUUUCAGACCUAGGUAAUUAUUGCUAACUAUUUCAAACUACAGAACUGCUCCAGGUUUAUCAGUUUGCGCUAAACUCCUCAACAUUUCACUCACCAAACGAAUUCACACCCGGAAUUGCAUAAACUACACCGACUGUAUCAAGCUUACGGCCUACAUGUACAUUGACCACAUUAGUCUACAAUAAAUAAGUCAACCACACCUUAAUCGCCAAAAUACAGCGACGACAUUGAAUAAAACUAAAUACAACAAUGGUUUGUAAUGUAAAUUUACUCGAAUAACUGCUUAUUAACCUCUCUUUCUCUCAAGGAAUCAUCACUUGCAGCUUAGCAAUUCGAGAGCGUCGAAUCAGUCUAACUGUAAUUCCAGGAUAAACUCACACCCAUCAAAGGUAAGCAUAUUUGUAUUGCUCAUCGACAUGAAUGUAGAUGAAAGUCAGGACAGUGUAUUUGGGAUAAACUUUUGAGUUCAGACUUAAUUACAGCUGACUAAUUUCACUAUACUUCUUAGUGAAAUGACACAAAUCAAAAAUGAAAGGGAAAAGUAAAUCCCAUAGGGAAAGCAUAAAAUUUUCAUCGCUUGUUUGCUGCAUGGCGUUGAAUUUGUGGGCUAGCAUAAAACACAACCUCAGAUUUUAUUGUUGUUUUUAGAAGCUAGUUCUUAAAGGCUUGCAAGCGAAGCAUAAAGCUUAACAACUUAUGGGAGCAGUGAAGUGACAAAAUAUGUGAAACACCUCGUGCUGGAAAAAAACAAACUUUUGAGCGCACGAUCUUCAUAGAGCGCAAAAAAAUACAAGAGAAGGGCACAGAAUUGAAGCAAAUGUAUCACUAAAAGAACUUUUAUAGUGAUUUUGUGAUAGUACGGUUGGUUUGAAACUAUAUUUUGUCGAAAACUUUUAAGUGUUUUUGUUUCGCGUCAAUUGUAGGCUCUGGUUAAAUGACCGGCGGCCUGCCAAAGUUUUAAAACAAUUAAAUGAAUAAAUGAAUUGAUAAUUUCUCUAGGUAACAUAGAAAAAGGAUUGAUUUUCUUGAAAACCCAACAUCAGCUUAUUUUACCAAUCCAAUAUCUUUCAUGUCUGUGAAAUGUACACAAGAAAAGGAGAACGUAUUUUUUCAUUCACAAACAACCUCAACUUGCAUUACAAAGCGAAAGGAUAUAGUGGUCAGGAAUCUGUCCACUAUGUACAUAAUCGACAUCAUAAAGGAAAGUGUCACCACUUUCACUUGAGGGGGAGGGUUUUUUUUCGUCGCUUGCCCUGCCGGCUUUUCUUCCUUCUGCAAAUCUUUUUUUUUUUUUUCACCGAAAAAAAGGGGGGGGAGUCCCUUACCUAGAUCCGCCACUGACUCUCCCUGACGUCUUUCAAAGAUGUAAAUUUUCUCUGACUCAAAGUGAAAUUCUCAGACCUUGAAGGAAUCCAUUUUUACCUGACUUUCCCUCAACUGUGACAGCCAUGCGUAAUAUUAUCGUGCCGGAAACGAAACAUAAUUCCUUUUAGAAAUAGCCUCUGACUGACCAUAAAAACAAAGAAGGGCAGGCGCAAUCUUUCAAUCAUCAUCGUCUUUGAAAUGUUCAGAACACACUUUGGAACUAGAUGUUACUCUUAAGUAUUUUUUUUAUUUUUUUUUAAUCCUAAAAUUCAUAUCUGUUUUAAAAGAAACUGAAGAACAAUCACAACAUUAAAAAAAUCGAUACAAGACGAAAUUAAUUUUCUGACCAUUUAAUCAUGCAGAUAAAACCCAGGUUCGUGUGACUAGUAGUAGAAGAAAUAUAGCAAGGGUACUUAACUACUGGAGCUUACGAUCUUUAGCAUAUAUAAGAAAACACAAAUCCGCAUUUGUGGGAAUAUUUUGGUGGUUGCAGGUGCAGUUAUAGCCGGCCAUUCCUUACCCUUCGCAGUUAAAUUUUUUUUGGCCUCGACAUUCUGACAGAAACACAGAAACAUCCUGUCGAGUCUCAGUAGACUCCCGGUAAGAACAUACCUUGCGGGUAACUAUUACAGUAACAGACCUUUAGUUCAAUUCUGCUGAGCGGCAAUUUUCAUUUCAACCCCCUUUAUUUUUUACGUGGGAUGCCUGUGGCACGACAAGAUAAAAAUCCGGCUCGGGUAUGUUUUUUAUUGCAAGGACAAAUUGGAAAGCUAGCUUAGAGCAAUACGUAAAAUCUUUAUCGAUUUUAUCUUAUGUAAAUAUUGGCGGCUGGACUGAUCAGAGGCGGACGAAAAUAAUCCUGUGCUUUUCUAACAAAAGAAGACCUGAGGACUUCAUUUCCGCAUAACUUUAAUUUCACUUAGUCAAAAAAAUAGCGGUCACGUUAAGUACGUUCUGAGGUAUUUCAUUCUGAGGCAGAAAACUUAUUAGAUACAAGCUGGAGAAAACCCUGUAAAUAAAGAUCAUUGGUUUACAAUGCAAAUGUAUAUUGACCUACUAUGAGACAAAACGUGACAUAGAAUUGAAAAAGAGUUGAAUUCGGCUUGUGCAGGUGAAGAAAGAUUUGGUUUCCAGAGACUAAAUUUGACCAAUUCUGAAAACGGAAAUUCGAUAAACACAGCAUACUGUUUUAUGCUGUUUUCGUAAGCUGUAUAUUCGUUGAUUAUUCUGCGGAGUUGGAUGUUUACCAUAAUUUUGGAUCUCUCCGUGAUUUUCCUGAACCUUUGCUUUUGAAAUAGAGUAACCUUGCAUUGCUGCAAAACCAAUAAUCACAAGUCCACAAUCAUUUUUCAUCUAUGAAUUAAGUACUCUAUACACGAGUUGGCCAUAGUUAUUCUUUGAUUAGGUAAAGGAUGUAAUUGAAUCUAUUUGGCAUCUUGUGGUGUUUUAAUCGAUUUAUUUAUUUAUUUUUUUUGCCUUAUUCCAUAUACAUUAAUAUAGGUUGUGUGUUUUUUUUCGAUGGAAGCGUACUUUUUGUACGAUUUUUUUUGUGUGAUUAACCAUGAAAUAUAUAAUAAAGUCUACCGAUUAACCUCUAACCUUGCGUAAGGUUUAAUGUGAAAUUGACAUCGCGAAAUGACCUCGAAAUACCACAAAAUUAACUACAAAUCACUAAGAAAUAACUUAGUACACUCUUUUAGAUGUAUUAAUGAAAAAGGCGAGGGGAUUGGGCUACACCCCUCAGCCCCUCCCUCUGAGUGGUCCCUGGUUUUAGUGGUUUUCAAACGAAAGUUGGUUUCAUCAUUUAGGUUACGAUUGAGAAGGGAGGGAAAAAAGAGGCAGCAACGGGAUUAAAUGAGAAGUUGAUGAGCACCAGUAAAAACCGCUAAAGCCAACGCGAUAAUGACGCAAAUCGCAGGAGAUUGCGACCUUUUUUCACAGAAGUUCUAAUACAGGCAGAAAAGGAAGUCAGGUCAAAAAAUAAAUGUUCCGUUAAAACCCCAACCAGAACCCAAACAAGGCCAUCAUGUUAUUAGUCAGUGUGUGUUCCAUUGUAAUGUAUUGCGCUUCGAUAGUAACAGUACACUUAUCUGUUAUUGAUAUGGCAUAACGAAGGAACUGAACUGAAAAGUGAAACGAAAGCGAAGACUCCAGCUAAAAAAUUCAAUAUCAAUUCUAUACGUGCUAAAGGGCUGCAAUACUUUCUAGAAAGAAUUCUAGUUUGUGUUGUAUUAAAGGUAAGCAUAUUUGCAUCGCUCAGCGAUACAAAAAGACUAUCAUACGUGAUAGUGAAACUGCAUUUGAGCUAAAUUUUUUCAGACCUAGGUCUCAGUCCUUCGAGUAAGUGUGAUUUCGAAAGUCAGUGUAAUGUAGUCGUGGAAACGAAACACAAUUCUGCACAAAAAACUCAUGAGUGGUAGUAAUAACAUGACGAAAACUUUCAUAUUAUGUACUUCGGUAGCACACUUAUCUGUUAUCGAUAUCACAAGGCGAAGGAACUGGACUGAAAAAAGGAACGAAAGCGAAAACUCCAGCUAAAAAUUCAAUAUUAAUUCUAUGAGAGCUAAAUAGCUGUAAUACUUUUUACAAAGAAAUUCUAGUUUGUGUUUUAACCUCCGUCUAUAUUAAUUUUUUAAGGAGUACGAGAAAGUGAAAAAAUCGAGCAUCUAUAAUUUAAGUCAUAUUCCAGUUCUUUAACUGUAGUAGGUCUACUUUUUCUGUUGCAAGAGGUAUAAAGUCUGAAUCGCAAGAUGUUUCGUGCGAUUAUCCUAUUGAUAAAAGAAUGAUAAUUAGCCACACCAAGGUAUGCAAAUUACACUCGACCCACCAGCUACGCGUGACUCCACUGAGAAAGUAUAUUACUUAAACUAACUGUACAUGACUACAUCAAACUUUUCCAGACUUGAAUAAUACAGGUAACUACUUAAAACUACAGACUAUAUUAGCUCAAUCAAUUAGCACUAAACUACCCAACAUUACAUCGACCCUUAUGUAAAAUUGAUAUAUCCGGCGUCGAGAGUGAAAGUUCAGUGCUUUCCUACAUACUUUAAUCAAAUUUUUCGUGGCUAGAGGUGAUUUUUUGGUAAAGCCGAAUGUAAUUGCGUUUCCUUGCCUCUUUUGCGUGUAAAAAAGUCUUGAGCACGUUUAAAGGUAAUAUUUUGAGCCAAAUUCCUAUUCAAGCUUUUCAGUCUAUCGAGUAAAAUGCAUCUUUCCUCAUCGGUGCGACUUUCCACGGAUCGUAUGCAUUAACAGUCUUUUCUAAAAUCAUAAGAAACGCCAUGAUAUAAGGCAAGUACGGAUAAGCAAAGAAAACUGCUCCUUAAUCUGUCACUUGACCUGACUCGCCAAGUUGUUCAGUUCUGGUAGCUCUGCUGAGUGCAUUUAAACUUCACCUUCGUUUCAUAAUUUAUACGUGUGGAAACCCGUUGUGGAAACCCGUAUACUAUACGGUUACCAAAAUAACCACUUUCUCGUUCUUAGGUGAAUGGAAGUGGCCCUAGAUGAGAGGAGAGAGUAAGUGAAGGCCAAAAUAAAACGCUGACUGACGAGAAAGGAGCAACACAAAUGUAUUGCAGAAAGGAUUUGAAGCGAGCACUCAGUUAUGCUGAGAUUAUAGGGCGCGCCUUAGACCGCGUAAGUAAAGUAGAAGAAAUGGAAAAAAAUACAACUGAUGACCCUAAGAAAGGCCAUCAUGUUAUCAACGAAGGAGUUAAUGAUCUUUACAAAGACAUAUUUAGGUUUUUUUUUUAUGAGUAUGGGGACAAAGAAAAAUAUCUCACGAAGGGAAUUAAUUAUAACGCGCUCAGAAAUGGAGGGAACGUUGACGAACAUUGUAUCCCGACCGAAUAUUUGGGUCUGUACGAUAUCCCUCGUCACAUUAAGGAACAAAUUGACCGGAUGACAGUGAAAAAGCCGAAUAAUAGUGAGGAAUGUAAUGACAGCAACGCUCAGGAGUUUAGUUGCGCCAAAAUAGUAUUGUUAGCUUGUGUUCAUUGUCUAAUGCUAAAUAUCCAUAUAGUCUUCACAAUGAGAAAAGAGAUGCCGGCGAGAUUUGAUGAAAAAUUAACAUUCAUGAGAAAUAUAACUACUGCAUACUUAAUUAAAGAGAACGGGGAUGGUGUGUACGUAGACAAUAAAGCCAAGGAAUUGUGGAUUAGUGAAAAUCCAAGUGAGGUCGAAGUCUUCAAAAUGUGUGAGGAAUCAGUUGAGAGAUUUUUAGAAAAAAUAGCAGGUAAUUUUGACCCUGUGAUACCUUGGGGAAUGUGGGUUUAUCGAAUGGGAAAAAGAUUUAGACAAUAGCCCAAUCUCUUCACAUCUUUAAUUCAAUGAGAGAUCGUAGUCUAACUCGAAAUAUUAAGGAGCAUUUUCCAAUUCAUAUUAUUGCUGCUCAUGAGAAUAUGUGCAAAUA